UGCAAUAAUUGUUAUUCUGUCUAUCAAACUCUUUCUGCUCUGCAAGAGAAAUGGCUUAUGCUGCUAUUUCUUCACUUAACUAUACAUUGAACGAACUCUUGAAACCUAAUCAAUCUUUGGUUUGUCAAUGUUGUACACAACAACAUAUUCAAUCUGUCUAUCAAACUCUGUCUGAUCUACAAGAUUUCCUUGAGGAUAAGACAAAGGAAGCCAAAGAUAUUGUAACUCUUAAGGUGAUAGAAAAGAAGAUCACAAGUGUAGUAUACAAAGCAGAAGAUAGAGUUGAUACAAGUCUAAGAAGGAUCAUUCUAGCAAUCCGUGAGGACAAGCGGGAAAAAGCUUGUAAAUCCUUUUAUAAAGAAUUGUUGAAAGUGGAAGAACAAAUUUAUUUUCUCAACAAAGAGGUGAUGUUGAUCGAGUUUAACAACCAUGGAAACAAAUCUCCAGAAUUAGAAAUAACCCAAAGAUAUUGA